AUGAAAGGGGCACUGACUGAAAUUAUCCAGCUCGCUACCUUGGAUUCAGACCCCUGGGUCUUAAUGGUAGCUGAUAUUUUAAAAUCCUUUCCAGAUACUGGCUCCCUUAACCUUGAUCUUGAAGAACAGAAUCCCAAUGUUCAAGAUAUUUUAGGAGAGCUUAGAGAAAAAGUAAGUGAAUGCGAAACUUCAGCUAUGUUGCCCCUGGAAUGCCAAUAUUUAAACAAAAAUGCCUUGACAACACUAGCUGGGCCACUUACCCCCCCAGUGAAACACUUCCAGCUGAAAAGGAAACCUAAGAGUGCCACUCUCAGAGCUGAACUCUUGCAGAAGUCAACAGAAACUGCACAGCAGCUCAAGAAGACUGCAGGAGUGCCUUUCCAUGCCAAAGGCAGGGGACUGGUCAAAAAGAUAGAUACAACAACACCACUCAAAGGAAUACCAAAACAAGCUCCAUUCAGGAGUACUUCAGCACCUAGUGUAUUUAGUCCUUCUGGAAACAGAACUCCUAUUCCUCCUUCAAGAACACCUUUGCGCAAAGAAAGAGGAGUAAAGCUUCUCGAUAUCUCUGAGCUGGAUAUGGUAGGUGCUGGCCGUGAAGCAAAGAGAAGAAGAAAGACAUUAGAUACAGAAGUUGUGGAAAAACAAGCCAAAGAAGAAACAGUAGUAGAAAAUGCUACCCCAGAUUAUGCUGCUGGCCUUGUGUCUACACAGAAACUUGGCUCAUUGAACAAUGAGCCUGCGCUACCUUCUACAAGUUACUUACCUGCUACCCCCAGUGUGGUGCCGUCUUCUUCAUAUAUCCCAAGCUCCGAAACACAGCCAUCUGGCUCUGUGCGAGAGGCCCUGCAGACUAACAGACAAACUGAAGAGCCUGCAGCUCCAAAUGCUACUACAACUCUUCCUGCACAAUUCAAACAAAGAACACCCAUGUACAAUAGUAACUCUAAUCCACCUGCAGCUACACCUACCUCACCCCUAACGCCUACCACACCUCCUGCCAUUUCCCCUGCGGCACAGGCACCACAAGUGGCCCCCCAAACUCAGCAACAGCCACCACCGAAAAAAAGCCUCUCUCUUACGAGGGAGCAAAUGUACGCUGCACAGGAAAUGUUCAAGACUGCAAACAAAGUUACAAGGCCAGAAAAGGCUCUUAUACUUGGAUUCAUGGCAGGAUCCAGAGAGAAUCCUUGCCAAGAGCAAGGUGACAUCAUCCAAAUCAAACUUAGUGAGCAUACAGAAGAUUUACCAAAGGCAGAUGGCACUGGCAGCACCACUAUGUUAGUUGAUACAGUCUUUGAGAUGAACUAUGCUACUGGUGAAUGGACCAGAUUCAAGAAGUACAAACCUAUAACUAAUGUUUCCUAAGAGAUGCAGCAGCAGCAUACAGGACCAAAUCAAGCUUAGAGUCAACCAGCUCAUAGAGUCUGUCAGCUGUACAUGCGAAUGCUAUUUUGUACAUUUCUUAUUACCCUCCAGAGUAGAAAUUGUGGCUCUUCAACCUGUCUGGGCUCAGUUAACACAGAAGAUGGUGUCAA